CGGCGUACCCGGCGUCCUGCUCUCCCGUCCCUUUGCUCAUCUGCUCACUCAUCUUCGCCGACAUCGUCAGACGUCAUGCCCAAGGACCGCGUCAAGGAGCUGGCGAAGCUUGCUGACCCCCUGAAGGAAGGCAAGGCACGCAGGAAGUAUGAGGGAGAGGAGCGAGGCGUGGUCUACAUCGGCCAUUUGCCCUUCGGCCUCUUCGAGCCUCAGCUCAAGAAGUUCCUCUCGCAGUUCGGCAAGAUCACGCGGCUGAAGGUGCCGAGAUCUGUCAAGGUGACAAAGGAGAGCAGCAAAGGAUGCACGAAGGACAUGGUGCAUGCCCUUCACUUUUCGUGCAGACGGGUCGUCCGAAGGGCUAUGCUUUCGUGGAGUUUGAGGUCAAGGAGGUGGCUGAGAUCGUCGCCAAGACAAUGGACCGAUACAUGAUGUUCGACAAGGUCCUAAACGCAAAGCUCGUGCCCGACGACAGAGUCCAUGAAAGUGAGAAAGAGGCAAAAAUGAAUGUGUGACAUACGUUAACUCAUAGCGCAACGGCAGGCAGAGUCUGUCGGUCUCUCAUGAAUGAAUCCCCAGUGAUCCUGACGAAGUCAGAAUGGCGUCGCUGUCGGUGUUGGUUGUUCAGGGAUGUUCGCCAACUGGAAUCGUCGCUUUGUCAAGAUCCCUCGGCAAAAGCUCGAGAUGGAACGACACAACAAGAGCAGUAAGCAAGGGGGGCGGCCGAGCCGGCAUUCUAAACCUUCGCACUGUGAUCUCCCUUUUGUAUCCUGUGUCCAUGCGUUUGCAUGACAUAAUCAGCGGAGGUUCCCAGUGAGAGCUGCCUGCUCAGACGUCUCAAGGCAGCCAAGAAUAAAGCCCAGCAGCUCAAGCAGCUUGGCAUCCAAUACGACAUUGAUCAAUUUGUGCCGGUCAGUCUGCCUGCAACCACACAGCGAUGACAGUGGUGUCCAUGUACGCAUUUCUGUGCCCGCUGAUUUCUUCAGGACGAGUCGACUGCUGCCGAGGCAGCCCAAGAGCUGUUCGAGCGCGCCAAGGUCAAGAAAGAGAACAGGAAGGAAGCGCAGAGAGCACUCAUGGCGGAGAAGCGGUCCCAGCAGAGGCAGCGAAGCAAGGAGAACAAGAGAAAGAGGCAGAGCGAAGCAGCUGCGGUCAUUGAUGUCGACGAGGCUCCUGAGGCACUGACCAAGCCCAAGAAGGAGUCAACCAGCAACGUCAAGAAAGAGGCAACGGCAGACGGGCACGCGGAACGCAAGAAGAAGGUCAGUCGGAAGACCGCCUCGGAUGCAGCUGACAGUACUGUCGGCAAGAAGCGAAAGGCGUCAGGUGACGCGACGAGAGAGGCAGACGCGGCAAAGGCAAGCAAGAAGGGAAAGGGGUUGGCUGACAAGGCGGCACAGAAAGUGGAGAGGAAGAAGGGAAACUCUAGUAGGGGUUAGUGAGCGCCUGACAUGACAGGUGCACAGACAAACGACUGAAG